AUGCCGCGUAAAUCGUCUCGUCAACCUUCUACGCAAACUAUUGAUCAAGGUCAACAGCAGUUUGAUCAGGAUCAAACUGCAGGUCCUUCACUGCUUCCGUUUACCAUUAGGAAGGCAGUCAGCCUUUCACAUUCGCCUGAUCUGGAUGAGACGACGUGGUUGUCGAAGGAAGCUGACGACACGGACAUGGACAUUGACAUGGGCUAUAUGGGCUUCAUAGGGAUGAAUCCCAACCUUCAAACGCCCAUUCAAGCGGCAGACCCUCUGCUUCUUCAACCAACGAAUCAACGCCAGGAACUGGCGCUCGAAAGCCGGUUAACAGCUAUUCAGCAGACUGAUCUUGAGAAGGACUCAGGCUAUUACUCAAUCUAUGACACAGAUCUAGACAAGAUGUUCAUGUGA